GUUAAGAACCCUAAUCUCAAAUUUCACCGUUCUUCUUCUUCCAAAAGUCCAGAUUCUGUAUGUAAAUGCAUCUGAAGAAUUCAACUGUAGCAGAACGGCGGUACAUCGGAAAAGAAACCGCCGGUUGUUUAUCUUCUUCCUCCGAUUUGGAUCCGAAACCUAAGAUUAAACAUCAUCAUCGUCCUCUUCAGGUACCUGAGAUUCUGACUCCAGACAUUGGUGCUGGCGCUGGUUUCAGUGUGUAUAACAAUCAAGUUCAAGCUCAGAGUCGUCAUCUAACGGUUGAAAUCCCAGAUUCAUCGUCUCAGAAUCUUACAUCGAAGAGACCUGUGGUGGUUCAAUCUUCUAAUCCGUUCAACGUUGACGAUUUCCGAAGACAACGCGCAAGCUUGGGUUCGAUUUCAUCUUAUUGCCCGUCGUAUCUUUUAUCGUGGUUUUCUUCUUCUCUUCCAUCGAUCCCAUCGGCGACUAAUCAGAAGCUUCUUCGUCAUGUUCUUAGAGUCCGUUUGAUAUGUUUCCAUCUUCGUUUCUUACUUCUUCUCUCUGUUCCUCCUCUCUAUAUCUUUUUCUUGUUGAUUAGUUUCAGAUUCUUCCUUCUUUUCGUCUUUUCGAUUAUCGCUUUCUCUUUUGUCCUUUCGAUCUCUCUCAAAUUCGCUCUUCCUCACUUACCAUCAAUUCGUUUGAUUAUCGCUCGAUUGCUGUCCCUCAAGCUUAACCCUACCAGAUCCUCGUCUUCAUCUCAGGAGAGCACUAAACAUGUUGUUUGGUCAAUUGGGUCGAAGCCUGUGACUGAGAAGAAGACCAACUCUGGCUCAUGGGUUCAGAAGUACAGCUCUGGUGAUGUAUACGAGGGAGAGUUUCAUAGGGGGAAGUGUUCAGGAAGUGGAGUUUAUUACUAUUCUAUGAAGGGUAAAUACGAAGGGGAUUGGAUUGAUGGGAAGUAUGAUGGAUAUGGAGUUGAAACUUGGGCUAAAGGAAGUAGGUACCGAGGUCAAUACAGGCAAGGGAUGAGACAUGGAACUGGAAUCUACAGAUUUUAUACAGGGGAUGUGUAUGCUGGUGAGUGGUCUAAUGGACAGAGCCAUGGCUGUGGUGUGUAUACCUCUGAGGAUGGUAGUCGUUUUGUUGGAGAGUUUAAAUGGGGUGUCAAACAUGGCCUUGGUCAUUAUCAUUUCAGAAAUGGUGAUACAUAUGCUGGAGAGUAUUUUGCAGACAGGAUGCAUGGUUUUGGAGUGUAUCAAUUUGGAAACGGGCAUCGGUAUGAAGGAGCCUGGCAUGAGGGGAGAAGGCAAGGACUUGGUAUGUACACGUUCAGGAAUGGUGAGACACAGGCAGGCCAUUGGGAAGAUGGAGUUCUCAGCUGUCCUACCGAGCAGACCACUCGUCCUGAUUCAUCGUUUUCCAUCAGCCAUUCCAAGGUUCUCGACACUGUCCAGCAAGCAAGGAAAGCAGCCGAGAAAGCACGUGAAGUUGUGAAAGUUGAAGAGAGAGUAAACAGAGCAGUGAUGGUCGCAAACCGAGCAGCAAAUGCUGCUAGAGUGGCUGCUACAAAGGCUGUCCAAACCCAAACAUUUCAUUGUAGUGGUGGUGAUGAUCCCUUAAAAAUGCAGAAAUCGUUCACGUUGAUCCAAACAGUGGCAAUCUCCGGCGUGUUCUCCGCCGUCUCUUGCUGGUAUGGAUUCAUGUUCGGUAGAGAAUCCGCGAGAAAAGAGCUCGGCGGUUUAAUCGAAGAGCUCCGCCGUGGAGGUUCGAACUCUGAUUCUCCUCCCCAUUCAUGACUGAGGUAUUCCGAUUUCCCAGGCGCUUUGAUUCGAAGACGGAAGUUCUUCGAUUUUGGUUUUCGUUAUCUGUUGCUAAGUUAGAACUCUGUUUUGAUUUUGAUUGUUUUUCCUGUGAGUUUCCAUUUAUGUCACUUACAAUUUCCAGAAUGUUCAUGAUAAUUGAGCAAUUAUUGUAUAAACGAUGUGUUCUCAA